AUGGAUAGAAUAGCAGAACUUAGCAGCUAAAUUAUUAGAAACGAUACCAACGGUUUCUAAGGAAACAUCUUCGAAUAAGUCUAAUUAGCUCCUCCUGAUCCAAUUUUGGGUACCGCAUUGGCUUACAAAGCUGACACUUCUAAGGACAAAAUGAACUUGGGUGUUGGUGCUUACAGAGACGAUAACGAAAAGCCUUAUCCCUUUAAGGUAGUCCGUAAGGUUGAAAGCUAGAUUGUCAAUGAUCAUUCGAUUGAUAAGGAAUAUCUUCCAAUCGAUGGUUUGGCUCAAUUCAAUGCUGCUGCUCAGUAACUCAUCUUUGGCAAGGAUAGCACUGCCGUUAAGGAUGGAAGAGUUAUCACUUCUCAAGCUAUUUCAGGAACAGGUGCAUUGAGAAUCGGUUUUGAAUUCCUUGCUAAAUUCUACAAUCGUGAAGUCCUCGUUAGCAAUCCUACCUGGGGUAAUCACCAUGAUAUCAUCAAGAGUUCUGGUUUGAACUUCAAGUAAUAUCGUUACUAUAAUCCUAAGAAUAUGUCUCUUGAUUUCAAUGGUAUGUUCACUGAUAUCUCUAUGGCUAAGCCAGGCUCUAUCGUUUUGUUGCACGCUUGUGCUCAUAACCCCACCGGUCUUGAUUUGACUGAAGAUCAAUGGAAGAGACUUGCUGGUCUUUUCAAGUAAAACAGAUUAUUCCCCUUCUUCGAUUCUGCUUACCAAGGUUUCGCUACAGGUGACUUAAACAGAGAUGCUUACUCUAUCAGAUUAUUCACUGAAUUAGGAUUCUAACUCAUAGUUACUCAAUCUUUUGCUAAGAAUAUGGGUUUAUACAGUGACAGAAUUGGUGCUUUCCACUUGGUUUGUGCCAACAAAGAAACUGCUGCAAAAUGCUUAUCUCAAUUAAAGUUGGUUAUUAGACCUAUGUACUCCAAUCCUCCUGCUCACGGAGCUAGAAUCGCUACCAAGAUCUUGACUGAUCCUACUUUAUAUAAUGAAUGGAUGGAAGAAUUAUCCAUGGUAUCAAGGAGAAUUAUUGAUAUGAGAACUGCCUUAAAGAACGAACUCGUUAGAUUAGAAGUUCCUGGAAACUGGAAUCACAUUGUUACCCAAAUCGGUAUGUUCAGCUAUACUGGUCUUACCCCCGAGCAAGUUGAAAUCCUUAUUAACAAAUACCACAUCUAUCUCUUAAAGAAUGGUAGAAUUUCUAUGUGCGGUAUUACAACCAAGAAUGUUGGUUACUUAGCUGCUGCUAUCAAGGAUGCUGUCCUUUCAACUCAAAAGAAAUGA